AGGAGGAGCGGGGCGGGAGGAGAAGAAGAGGGGGGCGGCGGCCACCGAGACGCAGCUCCUCCCGACCGCCCAUGCCCCAGCUGCUGCCCCCCAGGAGGGGCCCUGCGUGUCCUCCAGGCCGCUGUCUUGCUGAAGUCCAUAUCUAGUCCACCCAGUCUUAAAGACUGCGUGCUUCAUGCUUUGAGAACAGGAGGACCUCGGCGUUCUGAAAUGAAGAUGGAGGCGGCGGGAAAAGCAGAAGAACUUGUGGAUUCAGAAGUUCCACCAAAGACUGCUGAAAAGCAAGAGACUGCUCCCGACGAAGACGGACCUAUAGAACUCCUCGAGACGCCGACCCCAAAGGACGACGCGGCCCCGGCAGCGGACUCUGCGGUGCUCUCCUCCAUGCCUUGCUUACUGAUGGAACUGAGGAGAGACUCCUUGGAGUCCCAGCUGGCCUCGACGGAGAGCGACAAGCCAGCGGGCGGCCGAGUGUACGAGAGUGACUCUUCCAAUCACUGCAUGCUCUCCCCUUCUUCCAGCGGGCACUUGGCUGACUCAGACACGUUGUCUUCCACGGAAGAGAAUGAGCCCUGUCAAGCUGAGGCUGCUGUAGAGGGAGACCCUUCUGCGGCGUCCGGGGCUGCCGUUGGGAGGAAAUCCAGGCGAUCCAGGUCCGAAAGUGAAACUUCCACAAUGGCUGCCAAGAAAAACCGACAGUCUAGCGAUAAGCAGAACGGCCGAGUUACCAAGGUAAAAGGUCACCGGAGCCAAAAGCACAAAGAAAGAAUUCGGCUGCUGAGGCAGAAGCGGGAGGCGGCCGCUCGCAAGAAGUACAACCUGCUGCAGGACAGCAGUACCAGCGACAGCGACCUGACCUGCGACUCCAGCACCAGCUCCUCCGACGACGACGAAGAGGUUUCAGGGAGCAGCAAGACAAUCACUGCGGAGAUACCAGAUGGACCCCCAGUUGUAGCUCAUUACGAUAUAUCGGACACAAACUCAGACCCAGAGGUGGUAAAUGUGGACAAUCUGUUGGCGGCCGCAGUAGUGCAAGAGCACAAUAAUUCCUUAGGAAAUCAAGACUCGGCAUCUGCCUGGAGAACCCGGGGGCUACUAAAUGAGCUGAGCACUGAGACAGGUCAUUUGGAUCCGGGUUUCCUUGCAAGCGGCAAAACCUCUCCUGGCCACGCGCAGAUCAAUGAAGAAAUCAAUAUCGCCUCUUCCGAUAGUGAAGUAGAGAUUGUUGGAGUUCAGGAACAUGCCAGGUGCGUGCAUCCCAGGGGAGGUGUGAUUCAGAGCGUGUCCUCCUGGAAGCACGGCGCGGGCUCGCAGUACGUCAGCCCUCAGCCGCCGCCGUCAUGGACAGCUGUCACCCCCCAGCAGAACUGGUCCUCGCCCCCAGAAGUAGUGGACCUCACUUUGGAUGAGGACACCAGGCGCAAAUAUCUACUGUAACGCAGUGUCACUGUGUUUUCUGUCCCCCCACCCCACUCCUCCCUUCCCCUCCCUCCCUCCCCCAAUUUCUUGUGGCACAGGAGUUGGUUGUUAAAAAGCUUCAGCUUCAGGAGCCCCGUUCCUGGCGGUUUCGACAUUCGGACUCACCACUUUCCUCAUUUCCACGAGAAUGUAGUAUCAAUAUCGUUUAAAAAUGGUUUUGCUUCUCAAAGGAGGAUUCCC